CCUAGACACACAAGUGUUGAUCAACAACAGCGCAACACGCCACGACGCACGCACCGAGCCUUCCCUCCCACUCGUCCUAUACCUCCGCUGGCAAGCAUCAUGUCGCGAAGUCACCGCCCUUCGACGACGCCCAUGGACUUUGAGUGGACGAAUCAAACAGGACCCAUCGACGCUCAAUCGCCCUUCCUCGCUGCCAGCCAACAGAAGAAGCGCCCUCACUCAGUCCUAGACUCACCCUCCAAGAACGGUUUCGCGACACCAAACCGGCUGCGCGACCCCGACAACCGCAUGACAUAUUUCAGCCGCGAUCCCAGCAAGCCGUUGCCGUCCACACCCGCCUCUUCGGUGCCCGCACAUAUCCAACCGAGCCCCUGGUCUAUGCGGACGCCCUCACACGACCUCGACUUCAGCUCAGGCGGGGAAACGCCCGGCACACCACAAGUAGACAGCGACCCUGGCACACCAGACACACAAUUGGCGAGCAAGAUGGGACGGUUAGGCAACGGCGAUGCAAAAGGCGGUCGGCGAGACAGCUGGUUCAAGCGGACCUUCAUGUCCACACCGAGCCCCACCAAAGAGCGGGACAGAGAGCGGGACAAGGACGUGUCGCAGAAGUACUACUCCAAGAAAGCUGAGAACCGCAUAGUCAAGCGCCGGUCAGAGCGAUCACGGUCCAAGAAGCGCGCCGCGGUACACGACGACGACGGCGAAGACUCCGACAAUGAUCAAAGACGGCCACAAGUCCCUCCAAAGGAAGCGGGGCCCGUCCAGCAGACUCUCGCCAUGAGCGUAGGCGGCUUCCUCUCGUGGGUGGAAGCGCAUCCCAACCUCCCAUCCGUACUAUCCUACUACCUCCAGCUCACCGUCAACAUGUUCCUCGGCAGCCUCUUCAUCUACAUCGUCUACUCCGCCUGGGCUGGCGUCAUGACCGACGUCGACAUCGAAUCCUCCAAACACGCGUCCGAAGUCAUGGUCGAAAUCGCCGGAUGCGCCAUUGAAUACAAUCGGAAUCGCUGUCGACCGGAGGAGGUUGUCCCAGCUAUGGAGAGGGCAUGUGGCGUCUGGGAGACGUGCAUGAACCGUGAUCCGAAGAAGGUUGCGCGCGCAACUGUGACAGCGAAGACGUUCGCUAUGAUCUUCAACUCUUUUGUGGAGGAGUUUAGUUAUAAGUCUAUGAUCUUCACAGCAAUCAUAAUCUUCGGCGGCUUCAACCUCUCAAACUGGGCCUUUGGUCUCCUCCGCUCGCAGCAACAACAAUCCCACCACACGCAACCCCACCAACAACCGAACGACUUCGUCCCACAAACACCCCACAGAGUGAUCAGCAACGGAUACGAUAACUACACCCAACAACAAAGCUACCAGCAGAAUUGGCAGCAGCUACCGCCGUAUCAACAACAGCAGCAGCAGCAGCAACAUACCCCGUAUCAGAAUCAUAAUACGCCGUAUCAGGGUCAGAGACAUAUUGAGGCGCCGCCGCUGGUGCAUGCGCAUACUAUGCCUGCGUUGACGAGUUCGAGUCUGGCGCAGGAGGGGAUGGCGACGGCGGAUGGGGGAAGGACGCCGAGGAAACGGGGGUUAUUUCGAUAGGCACGCUUUUCUAUGAUGAUUUCCUUGUACAUGUCAUUCUUUGGUGAUCGAUUUGGAUGAGCGCAUUCUUUUGGUCUAUAUUCAAUUUCUUAGGGUUGUCCUAGGGGAGGCUUAGGGCUCGCAAAAGGAAACAUGCGUUGGUAAACUGAUGGAAAAGGUCAUC